UGAAAGUCAGAAAAACAUGGCUUCGAAUUCAACUUCUACCACUUCUAAUACUCCUACAACAGUUAACACUCCUACAGAAGUUGAGACUGCUACAGAAGAUAUAUUUAUACUUGAUCAAGUGCUGGAAUUGGGACCAGGGAUAUCAAUCUCAUACUGGAAUGUGAUCAUAAUAAGUGUGCUACUUGUCACACUAAUCUUGGCAAUAGUCGCACUGAUCACAGCAUGUUUACGUGGAAAUGGAUCAGAAGGGGCCACCAAGAACAAUAGUAAUAUGUCAUAUCAGCAAGGAGGUCCUCCAAGAAGCAGAGAGAAUAGACCAAGACGGGUGCAUCCACAAGGAGGGAAGGGGUCUUAUAUACAGUAGAUCCAAAGACCCCCUAGAAACACAAUAAGCAGACCAUAGAUGUCUAAAUACUGUACAUAAUUAUUAAGUGAUUAUCUCCAGAACAUCUAGCAAUUGUACAUGU